UGGAUUGUAUCUGUGCUCUGCUGCAGCGUCUGGCUCUCUAGCACAUGGCUGAGCUGCUCGACAGGAAGGAGUGUGAACGAGGAGCAGAAUCAGACUGGGAAUCACAGGAGUCACUGGUUUAUUAGAGAAACACACGAGGCAGAAACAUGUCGCAGUUACAGGCGAGGUUCUUCACUAAGGACCAGAGGUUUGUUGUAGAUGAUGUUCCCUUCUCCAUCCCUGCUGCCUCUGAAGUGGGAGACCUCAGCAACGUUAUCAACCAACUGCUGUUGGCUAAAAAUGCCUCACACGACAAAGUGGAUUUCGACUUCCUGGUCAGGAGUCAGUUCCUGCGGUCGUCGCUGUCCUUUCACAUGGACACAGAAGGCAUAUCAACGGAAGACGUGGUUGAGAUCGAGUAUGUGGAGCGGAUCACAGCCCCAGAACCAGAGGAGUGUAUAAUGCACGACGACUGGAUUAGCUCCCUCGAUGCAGAUUCUGAAUGGAUUCUCACAGGGUCAUACGACAAGACUGCCAAGAUCUGGUCUCUGGAAGGCAAGGCGAUGACGACACUGGCAGGACACACAGAUGUAGUGAAAGAUGUAGCCUGGGUUAAAAGAGAUGGCUUGACGUCUCUGCUUCUGACGGCCUCUAUGGACCAAACCAUCCUGAUGUGGGAGUGGAACUCGGAGAAGAACAAGGUGAAAGCCAGACACUGCUGUCGGGGACACACAGCGAGCGUUGACACUGUCGCCACUGACCCAACUGCCUCAAAGUUCUGCAGUGGCUCCUGGGACAAAAUGUUGAAGAUCUGGUCAGCAGUGCCCACAGAUGAGGCGGACGAGGUUGAAGAACCUGCUGACAGACCGAGGAAGAAGCAGAAGACUCAACAGCUCGGCCUGACCAGGACUCCCCUGAUGACGCUGUCCGGCCACAACGAGGCAGUGUCCUCCGUCCUCUGGUGCGACAGUGAGGAGGUUUGCAGUGCAUCAUGGGAUCACACCAUCCGUGUGUGGGAUAUUGAGACUGGAGGACAGAAGACAACGUUGACGGGCAGUAAAGUGUUCAACUGCAUCUCCUACUCCCCCCUGUGUCGACGACUGGCCUCGGGGAGCGCUGACAGACACAUCAGAUUGUGGGACCCCCGCACCAAAGACGGAUCCCUGGUGCUGCUGUCGCUCACCUCCCAUACCGGCUGGGUCACGGCUGUGAAGUGGGCGCCCUCACAUGAGCACCAGCUGGUCUCGGGCUCCCUGGACAACCUUGUCAAACUGUGGGACACCAGAAGCUGUAAGGCGCCUCUGUACGAUCUGGCAGCCCAUGAGGACAAAGUGUUUUGUGUGGACUGGACAGAAAGCGGGCUGAUGUUGAGUGGAGGAGCAGAUAACAAGUUGUACACCUACAAGUACGCAGCCUGUCAGACGGACGCGGGGGCGUAGACGAGGACUUCAGAGACUCCAUCACCACGGAUGUACAGAAUGGACAGACAUGCACACGUUCACAAUCAGCGGAGCAGAACUUUGAAUUGUACAAACUUUGUUUGCUUUGUUCUUCACUGUCCUGGUUGUUUUUACCCCAUUCAGUUUUUUCCACAUAUUUCAUUGUUGGGCUUCUUUGUUUCCCUGUAACUCAAGAAAAUUAUAAAUUUAUGUCCUCUCCUAAAAUGUUGUCACCUGGACUCAACGUUACAUUUCAUUAUAUUUCUGUACAUCUGCUCAUUCAUGCGAUGAUCAUUGUCAUGUGGCAGUAGUGCAAUGCUUAAAAUCCAGUAGAUACACAUGAGGAGCUUCAGCUAAUGUUCACAUUAAACAGAAUGUACCAGGGAGCAAAACAAGGCCAGACUGCUGGUUCCACACAGGCUCAUUUAGAGAAUUUCAUAAAGUGCUGAUCUCUAGCAUGAUUCAUAUAAAGUGUUUGACCUUUCAGCAUUAAUGUGCAGAAGAAGAAUCUGCAGAAAUUACGUGAUGCAGUUGUGUCAAAGGAAAGUUUUCACCAUCAUGAGGCUGUUGUAAAAGCGAAGGGACUUUUCAUUACCAGUAAGGUUUUCUUAAUAAAGUGCCCAGUGAGUGUUA